AGCCGGCGACAAGUGUGGGUAUUCCCAGACUUUCAAUAUAUGGUAUGACUGCAGUUUGAAGUAAGGUUUAAAAAAGGAAUGGGCAGAGACUAUAUAAGCACGUGGAUCUGGUGCAGUGUUUCUAUAAGCUGGAAUUCGUUCACGGAGGCAAGGCAAUGAACACAAAGCCCAGAGCAAGUAUGAGCAGUUCUAAACUAACCGAUAUUCUGGAGCCUUUGAAGACAUUUGGUUGGGAUACCUAUGUCCAAACAACAGAUGAAUAUGAUAGAAUAGACUUCGAUGACGCCGAGCUCGAGGUCCUCCUAGAUGAGGUCACAUGUACAACCAGCGGUCUGAAAUACCUCCCUACAGGCCAGAUUGGACCUCGGGAGUCUUCCACCCAACUUGUGUUUUGCUCUAACUAUGACAACAGAACGGAUCAUGACCAUCAGCAUAGGUUCACUGCCCAGAAGGUCACGCAUGCAACGGCUGAAGUACAGUUAACGGAGGGAUUCACGAGCGGCAAUGACGUCGGAUUCAGCAUCGACAUUCCAGAACCAGUCCGUAAAGCAACCGCCGGUUUUGGACGCCAAAUGGUCAUCCGGUCUAAGACCACCCACACCGUGCAGAAUGAGCUGGCUUGGUCUAUCGACUCCAACGUGCUGGCCCCCAAGAAUGCUAGAACCGUAGCGAGGAUGGAGGUCAAGGAGGAGACAUUUGAAAGUGACUUCGAGGUGAAGGUCACUUUGACAGGAAAAGUGAAGAUCAGAAUCUCAAGAGAUGGCGAGUUUGUAAAGAUGGUCCAAAACAAAAUUGGCACCAUUCUCGGCGACCGUUUACCUGGCAAGGACAAGUCUAACCCGUUAACUGACAAGAACUCAGCUACUUGGCAGGUGAAGGGGCGCGUCCGUUUUAACUAUGGGAUCUCACAAAAUGUGGAAGUGUCGCAGGUGCAUGUCAGCAACAUAAAAGGAGCAGUAAUAACUUCUCACCAAGUGCACUAACAGACUAUACAGCUAUCACAUGUAUUUCUUGUGUAAAGGAGUUUCUAUACAUAUUUGAUUUGCCCUUAUUUUCACAUUGUAAUCUUCGGCAGUUUCCGGAAGUAGUCUGAGACGCGAAUUUCAUUAGAAAUUGUAUUUUCCAUUAACGUUAAUCGAACUGUUAGGUGUUUUGAUUUGGAAAGAUGUAAAAUGUUUUCCCAUAGUGCAGUUUGCUAUUGUUUCAUUUCGCGCCAUCAUCUCUCAGAUGUAGUAUGUAGUGCGGUUUUCAAAUAGACAGUCGAACAUUUCUUUAGCUAGUCUCACCCGCUCCAAUGUGAGUACAUACUCUUUGCUCGUAGUGUUUUGCUUUUGUGUUCACAAUGGCUUAGAGUUGUCAGAAAAGUCAUAUUUUGUAAUAUUUCAUUCAUAAAAUUCAAGCACAAGCGAGAUGGUCAUCGUCACGACAACUUGUGUGUUGUCCACAUGUUUUUAGUAUUAGUAAUCCUAGUCUUUGUUUCAACGUUUUUUAUUGCGAGAAUAUUUAUUUUGUAGAAUAGUUUUGUAUGGCGAUUGUGGGUUGAAACAAGCAAGGUUUUCUUUGUUAGUGAUGAUCGCAAAGAGUUACCUUCCUUUUCUCUUACCUCUCCUCAAUUUUACUGCAUAAUAACAUUUGGUUAUUAUUGUGUUAAGCCUAAACAUUGUUUUUACAUUAGGACAAGUUGGUCCGUGCCCUGGGUCAUGUGACCAUUGACCACUGCUGUUAGGAGUGCUCUUGAGUUAGUGAGUUUAGUUUUGCGCCGCUUUUAGCAAUAUUCCAGCAACAUCACGGCGGGGGACACCAGAAAUGGGCUUCACAAAUUGUACCCAUGUGGGGAAUCGAACCCGGGUCCUCGGCGUGACGAGCAAACGCCUUAACCACUAGGCUACACCACCGCCCAAGGAGUGUUCUUGUCUCCUGGGGGUAAGUUAAAGGGGCUGUUCUGUACAUCAUUAUUUUCAUAAUUGUUAACAUUAAUUACAUUUUUACGCCGUAAGCGUAAAUGUCUCAUAAGAUAUUCUGUAUUGUAAUAAGAUUCAUGUGUAGAGAUGGGUUUGAAUGUUACUGAUAUUUUCAGCCAUAUUAAGUAAUCAACAUCACUUCAUGUACAAUUCAUCUAUUGUUCAAAAAGUAAAGAGUGGUAAUACAUUAUUAAUUGAUCAUAUGUAAUACCUUUGCUGGUCAGCAUCAAUAAGCAGUCAUUAUCAUGUCUAUUGCAUUUGAAUCAUAGUAAGAUUUGUGGAGGGAGUAUGUAUCUUGGCACAUCCUGACAAACUGCCUUGUCUUUCUUUGUACGUUUUACUUUACACGGAUUCACCCUAUCCACAAUGAGCAAUAAAGCCUCUCAAUAGA